AUUUUAUCAAAAACUACAUUAGAUUAAAAGAUUCCAAAGUAUUAAAAAAUUAAAAAAAUACAAAAACCCAUAUAUGAAAAAAUAAAAGGGGUCUGAUGUUGAGAAAAUUGUCCUGACAAAAAAAAGCUGGAUCAAGAAAUUUUUUUAAUCUUUUUAUUUUAAAUAAUUACACACUUAAAUUUCCCGUAUUUACGGCCUUAGAAAAAAGUAUGAUUUAAAAGGGAUCGAACCAAAUGUCUCAAGCAAAGGAGAGGGAAGUACCGGCGGACGCCGAACCGAUACCUUCAAGGAGGAAGGAGUUAAUGCCAGGCUAUAGCUACUAUUUUUCAGACUGUUCAAGCAUUAUUUCCUCCGUUAAAUGUGCCGUUUCAGUUGAAGACGAUAAAAGCCGGAGCGUUUCACCUAACUUCGGAAAUCUUUCAAAUCCUAACCCUAACUCUAAUUCCAAAAAUGAUUUAACUUCGAACGUGAAUGGUAAAAGUGAAGAUCUAAGCUCCAAAGAAGAUGAUCUAAACAACAAAGAUGAAUAUCUAAACCCUGACCCUGAAGAAGUAUUGUAUUCACUUGGUGAAACUGUUAUAUAUGACUCAAACAACGUGAAAUCAUAUUCAACGAGUUGUGAAUCGUUGAAUGGGACUACAGUAGGAUUUUAUCCUGAAAUUAACGCAUUUAUAAAGCCAAACAGUGGAACUUUUGACCAGGAAGAUGAACUGGCUUCUGCCUCAAUUGAACAUUACACAGCUAUGAAUUUAGACAAUUUGCCUACAUUUGCAGAGUCGGAUUUGGAUAAAUUUCCAACCUCUGUGGAUUUUGGUGAGUCAUUGUACAAGUUUAAUCGCUGGUGUAAGAGAUAUUCAAGUGGCAAUACUGAAAUGUUUAAGCGCGGCCAACAGGAAAUAAUGAGUACGAUUUUGGAGGAAAACAACCUUAAAAUAGGAGAUUUAAAUAGCAAAAAUUUUGACGAAUUCCCAAUAAAAGUGGUCUAUUCAAAGGGCACAACUCCAGCAGAUAAUAAGUUUGACCUUAACUCUGUAAAAACUGGUGAAGUUUUGGUUGACCGUUUUAUGGUCGACGGAGUGCUUGGAACGACAACUUUUUCCAGGGUUGUUAAGGCCACGGAGCUGUCUUCCGCUCUUCCCGUCUGCCUUAAAAUUGUACAUCCAGAUUAUUUUUACCAGGCUCUCGAUGAGAUUCUCUUCUUAAAAUUAUUGAAUUCAAAGGACAAAGAUGACGCCAAUUGUAUCGUGAGACUUUUGGACUCAUUUUUGUAUUCUGGCGCCGUAUUUUUGGUCUUGGAACUACUUGGAGAUAACCUCUUUGAGGCCACAAAGGACUUUUACGUCUCUAGUUUUAAGGAUUUUUUCGCACAUUCAAGGCCCAAAAGGUGGAAUUUGAACCAACUAAAACACAUUUCACGAGAUGUACUCAAGGCACUCAACUUCAUUCAUGGACUUGGAAUAAUCAAUUGCGAUCUCAAGCCAGAAAAUGUAUUACUCAUCAAUUCAGAAAAUACAUUACAAAAUGAUGGUAGAAUGAUAAAGUUGGCGGACUUUGGAUCAAGUUGUUUUAUACAGGAUCAGUUGAAUACGUACAUUCAAAGUAGAUCAUAUAGAGCUCCGGAGGUGGUGCUGGGGUUACCAUAUGAUACCCAAAUCGAUAUUUGGAGUUUAGGUUGUAUUUUAUGUGAGCUUUACCUGGGAAGAAUUUUGUUCCCCAGUGAUAAUAGUGCAACGUUGGUAGCUUCUAUGGUGAGUCUACUAGGACCACCUCCGGCAUACAUGCUACAGCACAAGAUGAACAGUAUGUUCAUAAUAUUGCCAAAUGGAAAUAUCGCUGAUUUAAACGUGCCAGAUCAUAUACUGAAGCAGUCACCAUACUAUAAUAGACUAGAUCGCUCAUCGCUCUGCUGUAACGUUUCAGCAAGUGAUUCCUCAAAGUGCUCUCACGUCACUUAUAAUAAGUGGGACAACGCAACUGUUAAUCUUGAGCCAACUCUUGACGAUAAUUCCAGUGGAUUGGAAGACUCAAGUGACUAUAACAGAAACAGCACUUUCUCACUUUCUGACAACUCAUUUUCAUUAGUGGACAGCACAUUUUCGUUUUUGGAUAAGCGCUUUAAAAUCACUAAUUACGACGCUAACUCCAGAAUGGAAGAUAAUACACUUAAUAACACACUUGACUGCAAAAUCAAACUUGACAUUAGGCACAACAGGAACCCCCUGGCCAAGUUCAUGAGGAUAAUACAGCCAGCCUCAGCGUCCCUUGACACAAUGCUCGACUCAAGCAAGAGCUCGGAACUCUCACUCUUUUGUGAUUUCAUCAAGGGACUUCUACAAUAUGAUCCUCUAGAUAGACUAACAGCAUCGGCGGCAUUGCAACACCCAUUCAUACUCUCAAUUAACAUAUAA